GCUCUUUGCAGCUCAGCAUCAACACAGAUCUGUAACUACCGACGUGUUUCUGCUUCAUCUGAUGACACCGAGAUAUUCACAUAUUUAAUCAUCAUUUGAAGAGGAUGCAGGACAACACGCGGUACCUCAAACGCAAGGUGACGGUGGGCAGCCUGGACGUCCACCCCACAGAGAAGGCCCUGGUGGUCCACUACGAGGUGGAGGCCUUCGUCCAGGGAGAGGAUCUGCUGUCUAUUGUGGCCGAAUGUAAAGAAGGACAAAAACUUAUCCGAGUGAAAAGCCUCUCUCCAGCUACAGAUGUGGCAGCUUUGGCAAAGAAAGUGUUGGAAGAGUGUAAACUCAUCCCAGCUUCCCGUUUGCCCCAGGUGGAACAGCUCCUCUACUAUCUGCAGAACAGGGAAUCAUCUCCCGUGGAGGGCAAAGCGGAAAAGAAAGAGAAAAGAACAGCAGUGAAAGACCUGACCCCAUUUGAAGGGAUGGAGUUAAAUGAGGAAGCUAAGAUAACCAAAGUGGACGAGUAUGUUGAGCUGCUGUAUGAAGGCAUCCCAGAGAAGAUCCGAGGUGCUGCUCUCAUUCUGCAACUUUCCCGCAACCCUGAUAACCUGGAGGAACUCCUGCACAACGAAGCAGCUCUCGGGGCUCUCGCCAGAGUACUGAGAGAAGACUGGAAGCAGAGUGUUGAGCUAGCCACCAUCAUCAUUUACAUCUUCUUCUGCUUCUCCAGUUUCUCUCAGUUUCACGCCGUGGUUCGCCAUUAUAAAGUAGGAGCCCUGUGCAUGAAUGUCGUGGAACAUGAGCUGAAGAAGCAUGACGUGUGGUGUGAGGAGCUACGCAAGAAAACUAAGGCUAGUGAGUCGGCACCAGAGAAUGGCUCCCUAAGAAGAGGUCAGGACAAAGCUUUGAGGAAAUACCAAGACCUGCUGACUAAACAGGAGCAGCUGCUCAGAGUGUCUCUCUACCUGUUGCUGAAUCUUGCUGAGGACACGAGGACCGAGCUGAAGAUGAGGAAUAAAAAUAUCGUUGGUUUACUGGUGAAAGUUCUUGAACGAGACGACGAGGAGCUGCUUGUUCUGGUGGUGACGUUCCUCAAAAAACUGUCAAUCUUCCUGGAGAAUAAAAAUGACAUGACUGAACUGGAUACGGUGGAGCGGUUGGCGCGUCUCGUUCCCUGCGAACACGAAGAUUUAUUAAACAUGACUCUGCGCCUGCUGCUCAACCUCUCCUUCGACUCGGGACUCAGGGCCAAGAUGGUGGAAGUUGGUCUGCUACCGAAACUGACGACUUUGUUGGGUGACGAGAGGAACCGUCUAUCGGCCAUUCGCAUCCUGUACCACAUCAGCAUGGACGACCACUUCAGGGGCAUGUUUGUCUACACGGACUGCAUUCCUCAGUUGAUGCAGAUGAUUUAUAAGAACAGUGAGGAGGACAUGGAAGCUGAGAUCAUCUCCAUCUGCAUCAAUCUGGCUGCAAACAAGAGGAACGCGAAGCUCAUGUGUGAAGGAAAUGGACUGAAGAUGCUCAUGAAGAGAGCUUUGAAGACCAGAGACUGUCUCCUCAUGAAGAUGAUCAGAAACAUUUCACAGCAUGAUGGACCAACCAAACCGCUGUUCAUUGACUAUGUGGGUGAUCUGGCAGCAGAAAUCAAUACUGACGAGAAGGAGGAAUGGGUUCUGGAGUGUUUGGGUACGCUCGCCAACCUCACCAUCCCUGACCUGGACUGGGAGCUGGUGCUGAAGGAGUAUAAUCUGGUUCCCUACCUCAAAGACAGACUCAAACCAGGCUCAGCGGAGGACGACCUCAUCCUGGAGGUCGUCAUACUGAUGGGAACCGUUUCCAUGGAUGACGCCUGUGCUGCCAUGUUGGCUAAGUCUGGCAUCAUCCCAGCCCUGAUCGAGCUGUUGAACGCCCGGCAGGAGGACGAUGAGUUUGUGUGCCAGAUUGUCUACGUCUUCUAUCAGAUGGUGUUUCACCAAGCUACUCGAGACGUCAUCAUCAAAGACACUCAGGCUCCAGCUUACUUGAUAGAUCUGAUGCACGACAAGAACACCGAGAUCAGUAAAGUGUGUGACAACACUCUUGACAUUAUCGCUGAGUACGAUGAGGAGUGGGGGAGGAAAAUUCAGUCUGAGAAAUUCCGUUUCCACAACAAUCAAUGGUUGGAGAUGGUUGAGAGUCGCCAAGCUGAUGAUCCCGAACCGUAUCUUUAUGACAACGACAAUGACAGGACCGAUCUGUUCUACAGCGCAGAUGGGAUUACUCCAGCAGAUGGCUCUGUCAGUCCAGACUUCUUCUCUCAGCUGCAGCCUCAGAAUGGAGACUUCCACCUUACCGGAGAUAUGAAUGAUGUCUUCGACCAGACCUCUUCAUCACCGGGACGACCAGCGACUGCCUACGGCUUUAGACCUGAUGAGCAACCUUUCUAUCAGUAAACUUGGAGACAAACGUCUGAUCUGCUUUCAGCAGCAGACGCUAUCUUCCUAAAUUCCUGCAUGAUACAUUUUUUUUCUCAGUUCCCUGAACUUAUUGCCAUAACAGAUUUUUGCUGUGGUUACUUAGACAGUGGUCGUGCAGGAAAAAACCCUCAAAUCUUCUUGACACAUUCUGCAUUUUUCGCUUAGAUUUGAUGUGGAAAGACUGAUUUUUUUUAAUUUUUUUUUGUAGUCCCAACAAGACCACUGCUACCUUACCAUCCAUCAUACUCAUGUCUUCCUUUGUUUUCACAGUUUUUUUCAUUCGUACAUGUUAAAGGUAGCACAAAACUAUACCUUCAACCCUCCCAGAGUAACAGCGGUGUAGAAAGUGAUGUUGCACCAGGACAUAGCCGUGACCAGUCAGUGCUCAAUAAACAGAUGUGCACAAAUAUGUUGACACUCUUCCAUUAAAAAUAAAAGUUUUUUUUUUGUUUUUAUGAUUCUGUUGGAGCACAAUUCAAAAGCAAUGUCUAAUUUUCCGUAUUCAGUGUUCAGUAAAUUAAUAUUUAUUAUUACUUUUGUCAGUUUUAUGUUAUUUCAGAGACCAUUGCAGGCUUUACUUCCUUUCUUUUUUUUAACUAAAUGUCCGAUUGUUUACGUUACAGUACCCACAUAAGUAUUAUGUUUGCUCAGUAAGAAAAAUAAAAAAUAACCACUCAAUUCCCAAUAAGUUGGAACGCUGUAUAAAGUGUAAAUAAAAGCGAAUGUAGUCCUUCUGCCUGUAGAGGAGGCGGGACAUCUGUGGCCACUACACUGAUCUGCCUGCACAUCCCUGAUCAUGCUUCUUUCUCAUUCAGCGACAGUAACGCAGCGACCACAGCAAAGGAUCAUGCAGUCAUUAAACUGUUUCUUGCAGACACCAUCAGCUGUUGUAACAACUCCACCAACCUGUUUUAGGACCAAGAUAUUGUUCCAUUAACAAGGCUGCACCUUUCCCCACGGGGUCCGGAUGCAAAACGUUGGUAGUCUGGUAAUAUUUUGCACAUAUUGUUUGAAUUCAAUGCAUGAUUAAGUUUGUAUGAUAAGUGAAUGUCAAUCUAUGUAUACUACUGUGUUGUAGUUUUUUUUAAAUUGUUAUUGUUGCUGCUUUCAUUGUUUCUUAAGAAGACACUGUAAAUAGAAGUAAGUUGUGCACCGGAGGCGCUUGCCGCCGUUCUUACUGUCAUUCAUCUUCAGAUUCUUAAAUAAAAGAAAAAUCCAACAU